UUUUCCGGAAGGGGGGCAGCGGUCUGGCUGGGCGGCCGAGGGGCGACCGACCCAACCCGAGAAAAGAAGGGAGCCGGAGCAGUCGGGGGCACGCGCUGGCUCCUGCCGCCGCCCCCCGCCGCGCUGGAGCGUGUCCAGUUCUUCCCGCCCUCCUCCUCCAGGCCCCCACAGUGACAGCUUCUCCCCGCUCCCCAUUUCCCGCCCUCUCCCGCUCCGCAGAGCCCGGCCCAGCGCGCAGAGCGGGGCUAGUGGUGACGGCUCGGGCGCCCAGCUCAGCAGCCCCUGCUCCUCGCUCCACCUUUCCCGGCUGCGGACGCGUCCUGCCAGCAGCGCGGCUCGGCCCCUGAGGGCGGGGAUUUUGCUUCAGGCGGCAGCCACUAGGCUGAGGUUGGAGUCAAAGGGCGCAGGCUCUCUCCUGCGUGGACGGAUGGAGGAGGAGGUGAUAGCUGUGCUCUAGGGACUCGGCGAGGGCGAAGGAGGAGCACGGAGCGGUCGCGGAGCUGGGGGCGAGGAAGGGCCAAGCACUGAGGCCCGCGGAGCUCUAGAUUCGGAGGGAGAGGGCCCGGGAAGCCACGAGCCGCCCGAUCCCGGAGGGUAGAAGGUUCCUGCACCCGAGUUUGAGAUGAUGGGACUAGGAAAUGGGCGUCGGGGGAUGAAGUCACCACCUCUCUUGGUAGCGGCUUUAUUAGCCUGUGUUAUCGUCUUGGGUUUCAAUUACUGGAUUGCAAGUUCCCGUAGUGUGAACCUCCAGAGUCAAAUCUUGGAGUUGGAAGGAAGAGUCCGAAGGGCAGCAGCAGAGAGGGGUGCUGUAGAAUUAAAAAAGAAUGAGUUUCAAGGAGAAUUAGAAAAACAGCGAGAGCAGUUGGACAAAAUUCAAUCCAGACACAACUUUCAGAUGGAAAAUGCCAAUAGGAUGUUCCAGGAUGAAAAGGCACUUUUAGUAAAUAACAUCACUGAAAGUGAGAAACUCAUCAAGAACCUGAAAGACUAUUUGAAAGACUUGCAGAAGAACUAUGGCAAGCUCCAACAAGACAUACUCCAGUUUCAGAAGAAUCAGACCAACCUAGAGAGGAAAUUCUCCUAUGAUCUGAGUCAGUGCAUCAAUCAGAUAAAAGAAUUGAAGGAACAGUGUGAAGAGAGGAUAGAAGAAGUCACUAAAAAAGGAAAUGAAGCUAUACUGUCCAGAAAUCUCAGUGAAAAAAAUUAUCUGAAAAAUCAGCAAACUGUCAACCAUCAGCCAGAGCCCAAUCAACCUGAAUCGGAAUUGAAGGCGAUGGUACAGCAUAAGGAAAAUCCAGUUCAUGAAAACCCCAUCUCUCCUUCUGAAAAGACCCCAAAUGUGAAACAAGAAGAAAAAGGAGGGAAGACCAAUGAAAUUUUGACUCCCAGUGAAGAGGCGGCUCAGAAGGAGAACCAGGGAAGUGAGCUGCUGCCUCCAGAGCAGAAACACAAAGAGCAACAAAAAGAGACCCCUGAACUCAGAGAAUCUGCUCAGGCCCAGAAGGGGCCAGGUGGUCUUCUGGUCAGCCAUGAAAAUCUUGAAGCUGAUGAGCCAGAGAGAGAUGAACUCAUCAUCAGGGAAGAUGAACAACAUGGAGCAAAUCAACCCAAACCAGAAAUUUCUGAAGACUACAACAAUGAUGAAAAUGAAGCUGAAUCUGAAAGAGACAAGCAGGUGGCUCUCAUAGGCAUUAGUAACAAUCUAAAUGACUCAGAUACUGAUGAGAAGAACAAAGAUACCAUGAAUAAUAACUUAAUUGAAGAACAUGAAAACAAGAAUCAAGCAAAGUGAAUCCAGAGUUAAAGAGAGAGCUCACAAUAGACAAUCCCUGUGACAAUGGAACACUCAUAAGUAUGAAGCAAUCUAAUGUGUGCACUGGGAGAUGAGUGUUGGGAAAUUUAAAAUGUAUACAAGAUGCCAAUAAGAGGGGGAGGAGGGAAUAAGAAUGUCAAAUGAUCAAACAAGAUUUAGGUUGGUUUGUUUUUUCUCUGGAAUCAGCUUCAAGAUUUCUAAACGGGUAGAGAUUUUUACAAAGGAAAAAUGGACUACUUUUUUUUUUUAAUUGGAAAAAUGGAUAACCCAUGAAAAGACUGUCCUUGAAAUAGCCUAGAAAUCAUAUUUCAGAUAUGACUUUUACUGUGAUAACAUGGCUUCAGUUAUUCUUAAAUGUUACUAAAACUGUGAUAAAAGUACAGCUCUUCCGGUCAUUAAGAAUAAAAUCCAUUCUGCUCUAUGGGACCCUCAGAACUUGAUUCUUCCUUUUUUUUUUUUUUU